GUUGACAUUUUUCAACUUCAAUAGCAAAGACACAUCGGCUGUUCAAUAUUGUGAAACUUAUCUUGAUGAGAGUUAAGAGUUUGAGACGAAAAUAUAAUUGAGUAGGUUACAGCAGUACGACAGUAUGAUUGAACACACAACCCAGAGUCAAUGAUCAAUAAGUCUACCUUUACUAGAUGGUGUGUAUAAUGGUGUAUAGGUUCACAACAUUAUAUUGGUAAAUUCAUUAAUAAAAUAUGUCGACCUCUUUUAAACGAACAAUCAAAUUCUUCAUAAUUAUGUGGAAGAUUAUUGGGUUACUAAACUUUUGUUGUACGAUGGAAACGGAAUCUGGAUUAAUGCAUCGGGACAUGAGCUCAACGUAUAAUUUAUACUUAGAAAUGAUACGGAUAUUUGUAUAUAUAAUUUGUAGUUAUCAUAUGGUGUUCAAUAUAGGAGAAAAAUAUCUUAUAGUAAAUUUCAAUAUACUUAAAUAUUGGUGUAUCAUCAUACCUGCAAGAAUGUCGGAGAAACGUAUUAUAAAAUUAAUCAACGGUAUCAUCGAAUUUGAUCGGAAAUUGUUAUUGUUUCAUUCAUUAUUGGUUGUUGAAUUGCCUACAUCGAGUAAAACUUUUUGGAUUGCUUUUGUAGCCAUGUUUUCUAUUUAUUUUAUAGGAUGUCAAUUAUAUUUAAUACAAAAUGGUAUUAUUUUAAAUUUAGAAAAUGUUCAUUUUGCAAGUUUAUUAUUUCAUUCGCCGGACAUAAUUAUCUUUAUAGUGAUGGCAACAUCAUAUUUUCAUUUCAUUAACUUGGGCCAAAAGUUUUGUAUUUUGAAUAGACUGUGGAAACUCUUACCGCCUGGAAUAGUAGCUUUGCCCGGCGGAUGGAAUACGUCUGAAAUAACUGUGUUAGUGGAAUGUAUACGAUUAUUGCAUACUGAACUUUCUGGGCUGCUUCGGUUGUUUAGUUUGGGUUAUGGUCCAGUAAUAUUAAUAUAUUUUACAUUUACAUUCAUCCAGGCUUUAGUCGACAUAUUUCUUAUAAUUGUUUUUGAUAAUUCGAGUGUGAAAUUGGGGAUUUUAUCAUUCGUAUUUUACAUACAAUACAUUGUGUCUACUAUAUCAAUUCUCUACAUUACAUCGUGGGUAAUUAAAAAGAAAAAAAAGAUUAUUUCAUACUUGAGAUUGGCGAGAAUUUCUGAAUUGCCUACUGAAACAAAAUUACAGGUUAAAAUAUUCAUGAAUCAAAUAUCAGUUUAUGAACCAAACGAAUUGACAGCCUAUGGAUUUUUCAACUUGAACCUAAGUCUAUUCAUGUCAAUUUUGGUACAAAUGAUCACUGGAAUCGCUACAUUAAUUCAAAUGAAAGAGUAUUCAUUCAUGAUUCGGCUUAAUAAUUUGAUGACACCUCAAUUCCCCAAAUUAGAAUUAAAAAAAUGAUUGUAAUAUCAAAUUAUUAUUUAUUAAAUUAUUUCUGUACUUUUUUUAAAUUAUAGUUUCUCUAUUCAAGAUUUUGUUUAUGUAGUC